AUGGGAGUGAGCUACUCGUUCAGCGCAGAGCUCUAUGAGGGCGCAUACCGUGCAUUCCGAGAGUUUGUUCCUCUGUCACAAGAUCGGAAACCGUUGUCGUGGAGUACACUUCCAUAUGCAUUCGCCUACUUCAUCCCAUUCCUCUUCAUGGGAUACCUCGUGCGCCGGGCGAACACACAUCUGAUUAGACUACUUCUCCUGCCAACUGUGAUUGGAUUGACUCUACGCUGCAGCUACGGGUACAAGCUCAUGAACCCGGUAUACUUCAUCCUCGAUUGGGCCCGAACAUUGGUCGCUCUAGUGAUCAUAUCGAAGGCGCUGGACUUCGCGUUCGCGCAGAAUGGCAGGUUCAAAGUUGGGGAGAAGCGGCUCCGUGGGAUCAACGAGCCUCUCCCGAAGUCAGAUCCUGACAACGAAGCCAUGCAUGAACCCACAGACGCGUUCGCCCGCCUUCCGCCGUGGCUCUCUGACGCGCUAGAAGUCUCACUCGCCGUGCGCGGAAUUGGCUGGGACUUCGGGCAAGGCACGUACCUGCCCCAGAGCCGGCGGCCCCGGGAGCGCGGGCCGUUCCUUAGGGCCACUGCGGCAUCGUUGCUGCUGAACCUUCUGUACCUCGAUCUGAGCACCUCUGUCGUCGAAUCGGUGCCUGGGGUGGGGAGUGUCUCUGGAGGGUCAAUAUUCCUGCCUUACCUCCCACUCCCCUUGCGCUAUACGGUCUCGACGAUUGUGCACCUGUGUGCGGGCAUCAUGGUCAUGUCCGGGCUGGAAGCUGGGGACGAUUUGCUCACCCUGCUCUUUGUCGGCGUGCUGGGCCAGCCACCCUCAGAGUGGCGGCCCAUCCAGGAGAACCCGUGGGCGGCGCAGUCACUGCACGAACUGUGGGCGAAGCGGUGGCACCAACUUCUGCGACGCACGUUUAUGGUCUUCGGCGGUUUCCUGGGACAGUGGGUUGCGGGCGACCUCGGACUCGUCAUAGGCGUCUUCGUUGCCUCGGGCCUAUACCACGAAGUUGGCCUGCAGACCGCGGACAGCCGUGUCACGCUGUUCUUCGUGCUGCAGGGUGUCGGCGUCUUGUGUGAGACUGCCUGGAAGAAGCUGACGGGAAGGCGCGUAGGCGGCCUCGCGGGGCGGGUGUGGACUUAUCUGUUUGUUGUGGGUCUUGGGCAGAUGACAACGGAUGCCUGGUGUGGAAGAGGGCUGGGUGGUGCGGUACUCAUCAUACCCGAGUGGAUGAGUGUGUUUCGAACGUUUUUGGGCCCUGCUUUUGCUUGGAUUACACAAACAUUACUGCAGUACAAUCAUGCAUAG